AUGGCGGCACUGCUUGUAACGGCGCUAUUCGCAUCAUGCGCACAGUCUAGAAUCGUCUCCAACGGACUGCUCGGGAAUCGCCUCCCGAACCGACCAGCCCAAGUCACCAGCACCAUCACUAGUAGCGUGUCUGGCCUAAUAUCCGCGCUGCAAGCGCAAGUCGUUUCACUAGAAGGAACGCUGACGCAAGCACUCAACAAGCUCGCUACCUCGCUGAACGACAACGCAUCCGCGGCCACACUGGCGCUUCAAGCACAGAUUUCCGCCUUGCAGAGCAGCAUCGACACUCUAAACGCCCGCAUUGCGAACCUAGACCUUAUCUUGUACCUUAGAAUCUCCCGACCCGGCGGCGUUGCUCCGCAGGCGACACCUGUCGCACUCCAGUCUCGCAUCUCGUCGCUAAGAAGCAGCAUCCCCGCUAUCAACAAUCGCGCCACUUCCCUCAACACGGACCUGGCGGCCAUCCUCCCUAACCUCCGCGCCUUGCUCAGCCAGCGAGUGGCGGCGCUCACUCAGAGGGUGGGUGCGCUGAAUGUGGACGUGUCGGCGCUCGCUGCGCAGGUGGACGCGCUGAUCGCCCCGCUGAGUGACGCCCUUGGCGUGGCGGACCUCGUGGCUUUGCUGCCGCACCCAGCAGGUCAGUCCCGCAAACCCCCAUCCCGCAAACCCUAA